CCUCGGCCCUCUCUCUCUCCUUCCCUCUCUUUUUUCCCUCUCUCUGUCUCUCUGCUUGAAUUGUACCGACAUGGCUCCUACCAAAUGGGGUUUCUGCAACUGAACUCGAGAUUUGCAGCUGCUUCUGCUUCUACUUGGAACUAGCUUGAGCUCGAGCAAUCUACUGCUUCGUCAGGACAUAAUCAAAACCCUUGAGUUGAAGACCUACCCAAAAACCCUUAAGUUGAAGUCCAUAUACAGAUGGCCAUGCAUGGUGGUUUAUUUGCCAAAGAAGCCAACACGACGUCCGCAUUCUCAGCAGUGCCUUGGUGGAGCACUGGCCUCGGAUCUCAGCCAGCAGGUUUUCACGAUGACCUUUUUGGCCAGUUCAAGCCUGCAUCUUCUGCUGUAGACAAGCCAUCCAAUACUGGAACCCAGCUCACUCCCUCUAGGGAACCAGAACGUAAUGGAGGACAAGAAACUGGAAAUGGGAAAACUAAUAAAUUUACCAUUUUUUCUGGUGAGUGCAAGGAUCCUCCAAAUGGGCAAAAGUUUCGGCUCCAAAAUGCCAGCAACAUGCAAGCAGCUGCUGCAGAAUAUCGAGGGCAUUUGGAGCUUGGAUUCAGCCAGCCAUUGAUUUGUGCAAAAUAUCCUUAUGGAGAGCAAUGUCAUGGUGUAUUCUCAACUUAUGGGCCUCAAUUGACUGGCCGGAUCAUGCUGCCGCUGAAUUCAACAAGUGAUGAAGUGCCAAUAUUUGUUAAUGUUAAGCAGUAUAAUGGAAUAUUGAGGCGCAGACAGUACCGUGCAAAGGCAGAACUGGAGAAUAAAGUGCUGAAAAACCGCAAGCCAUAUCUGCACCUGUCACGUCAUCUCCAUGCAAUGCGCAGGCCAAGAGGUUGUGGCGGCCGCUUUCUCAACACUAAGAACCUGAAUGGCAGUAAGAGUAAUACUGAUGACAAUACGACUGCAAAAGGACGAUUUUCUCGACCGACAGGAUCCCAGAGCUCCGAUGUCCUGCAGUCUGAUAGUGGAAAUUCAAGUUCACUGAGAAAAGCUAAUGGCUGCAGGUCAAAUAAUUUGGGUACAGAGGUUACUAGCGUGUACUCCGGGGGAGAUCUUGAUUGCUUUCCAUUUAACAAUCUAUCCUCAGCAAUUCAGUCUCUGCCUAAUAUGAUGACUUCAGGGCAUUGGAUUGUCCCGCCAGGCAAGUGGGUUGUAGCUGCAGAUAGCUGCUGCAACCUGAAAGUUUGAUGGCAGGAUACAAAUAGGAUUUGUGUCCAAUUUUCCUGGCCUCAAAUCCCAUUUUGCAACCAAAUGGAAACUCCGGUUCUACCACCAUUUGGUUUGCUUCCAAAAGGCAACUCAUUCUUGGCUUAUCAGCAUUAAGGCCAUCUCUGUUGUAUUCCGUGCUCUCCAGCAAUUGGAAUAAUCAGAGGCUCCCAGGCCAUAAUGCAGUGUAAAAUACUGAACUUUAUGUAAUAUGAUUGGUUCUGUUCCCACUGCUUAAAUAACAUGGAAAGACUUGGUUUGCAUA